AUGGAACAGCAAAAUAACAAUAACGACUUAAAUAAUUGCAACAAUGCAGAAGAAGUCCAAGACACAAAUGCUAAUAAUGAAAAUGAGCGGAACAAUGAACCAAAUAUUAAUAACAACGAAAAUCAAAUGAAUAAUGCUGAGUAUCAGCCAGAGUUUCAUGUUGUUAACAUUCAAGAGUUUGCCAAUCCUGGUGAAUUUCCACAAAUUCCAAGUUUUGAUCCACAUCUUUUCCCAGGAGAGUUUAGAGAUCCAAUAUACAUCGAUAGUCCAAUAUUUAGAAAUGAUCAACUCUGUCCGAACUGCUGCUCUCCUCUUUUACGUAAUCAUCUUUGUCCCAAUUGCAAUCAAGUGAUAUCAAACCCUGUUAUGUAUUGUUAA